ACUAAUGGCCGUAUUUAACUUUUUGUUUUUUGAACAUGAUUUCUAGCUGAGAUAAGUUCAUUAUGCUUCCAGAACUGUACCACUUACAAUGCCUGUUAAUGUUCAGACCGAGCGUUGCUACUCUUAAUAAAACUCCCCCCAACAGAAGAUGCCUUCGUCCAAUGGCUCUUAUGUGUAAUGGCUCUGGCUCUUGUGUAGUGGCAUGGCUCUUAUGUGUAAUGGCUCUGGCUCUUGUGUAAUGGCAUGGCUCUUAUGUGUAAUGGAACUGAGAGUCAUUAUCAAGGGCUAGAUCUGCACCAUCACAUGCUCUGGGGAGCAGUCAAGUGUCCAGGUGCUGAAACACACGCAGGAUUGUCUGUUUUUUCUCUCGCUAUUCGCACAUCGAUUUCAUGAUCUUUAUCUGGGCUGUGAGCAACAUUUGAGGCGUAUAGCAGACCACACAAAUAUUGAAAACACUCUAGCGCUGUAGUGUUAGUGACAUACUGAGCAUGACUGCUUUUUUUCCAGGUUAAAUUUGAGGAUUGUGAAAUGAUCUCAAAGUCAAGAAAGGCAGUCAGCAUUCAAGAGAUUGCUGCUCUGUCCAGAUCCUCCUUAAAUGGUAAGGGUCAGAAAGACACACACGGACCAUCUCUCUAACCCAGGCCUCCUACUUUUCUUUCUCCAGGCAUUUCCCAGGCGAUGAAGGACCAUGUGACCAAGCCAACAUCCCUGCAUGGUCAUCCACCUCAAGUGGAAGGGUUGGCCCAAACCCACCAACCCCCUCCGCACACACUGCAACUCUCUACAGGAAGCUCGCUUCGCCGCAGGAGUGGCAGAGCAGUUUGCUAUCGCUGAGGCAAAGCUGAAAACCUGGACCUCUGUGGCUAUGACCAGAAAGACGAUGACUAGGAGUUCCUCCAGAACAAUAGAAACACACUCUCUACCCACAGCUCAGGUGUUCUGACACUUUGAUUCUCCCUCAGACUUCAACGUCCAACCACGAGCCCCGAGUGCCAUUCCAGGCCAAGACAGACAGCUUUGAAGUUCUAGCAGAAACAGCAUGCACUGUGAUAGGCCCACAUCUCAGAACAACCGGCCUACUCCAGGGGGUGACCGGGCUAGCCCAUUCCCUAAUGGAUGGUGAGGAUCAGCCUGCACUGUGAUAGGCCCACAUCUCAGAACAACCCGCCUACUCCAGGGGGUGACCGGGCUAGCCCAUUCCCUAGUGGAUGGUGAGGAUCAGCCUGCACUGUGAUAGGCCCACAUCUCAGAACAACCCGCCUACUCCAGGGGGUGAACGGGCUAGCCCAUUCCCUAGUGGAUGGUGAGGAUCAGCCUGCACUGUGAUAGGCCCACAUCUCAGAACAACCCGCCUACUCCAGGGGGUGACCGGGCUAGCCCAUUCCCUAGUGGAUGG